ACCAAAAAUCGAAACUUUAAUGGCUUUUUCACAAUCAAAUUCAAGAGGUAAUACUAUUUAUAAUUUUUUUUUCUUUUGUGAAAACUAUGCUAGAUUUUUAUCUACACUGAUUGUAGAAUUACAAAACAGAAAAAUCUUGGAAGAAUUGCAAUUGAAAAAACAAAUGCUUUUAAAACAAGGUGUAGCACCAACAUUAAGCACGUCAUUAGCUGUUACUCCAACAGGUUCGCCUUCUAAUUUGCCUCCUACACAACCCUCUGAUGGUGUUGUAAUGAGUGCAUCCCAAAGAGCUGCCUUACAUAAUGCAAAUGCAGCAUCAUCAGGUUAUUUUGUGACACAGGAUUCUUCUUUUGGUAAUCUUAUCUUACCAGUUCUUCCAAGAUUUGAUACUAAA